AUGGCUGCCCCAAAUCCCCCACCGGCGGAAGAGCAGACCUCCGCACCAUCACUCCCACACCACAUAGAGCAGAAAAACCACGUCGCAGACCAGACGUCGACGCAGACCCCAGUUCCCACAGCAGCCACAGCCACCACAGAACCAGCACCAGAAGCACCAGAAGCACCAGCAGCAAAGGAACCCUCGGAGAAGGCCCUCGAGGCAGGUGUGGCAGCCGGCGAAGUCAAGACUGCACAGGGCGCCAGCAGCACGACCAAGACCCGAGACUCCGAGAUCGCCGCAUCGGCAGCAGCACUGUCAGGCGCAGAGAAGAAGGAGACUGGGGCAUCCCCACGGCCGAGCGUCCAGACCGAGUUCGACGACGAUGUGGUCCAGGAGGACUUCCACGGCGAGGUCGUCACCAACGACGAGCUGCCGUCGGCGGAGACGAUCCGCAGGAUCGAGAACUACAUCGUGCUGGACAGGCACGGCAAGACGCAUACCUUCCGGAGCUUAUAUACGGGCAGAAGCGUCGCGAGGCGGGUCUUGAUCAUCUUUGUGCGCCACUUCUUCUGUGGUAACUGCCAGGAGUACCUCCGCAGCCUCUCGGCGUCCAUCACGGCCGAGUCGCUGCUGCAGCUGCCCAUCCCGACCUUCAUUGCCGUUGUGGGCUGCGGCGACCCGGCGUUGAUCGACAUGUACGCCUCGGAGACGGCCUGCCCGUUCCCCAUCUACGCAGACCCGACCCGCAAGCUGUACCAGGAGCUGGGCAUGAUCAAGACCCUGGCGCUGGGCACCCGCCCGGCCUACAUGAACAAGAGCAUCCUCAAGUCGUCGCUGGACAGCAUCGUCCAGGGCGUCAAGCAGAUCAAGAACGGGCUGGUGCUCAAGGCGGGCGACCAGCGCCAGAUCGGCGGCGAGUUCCUAUUCGAGCCCGUCGACGUCAGGAGCCCAGAGGUCGAGAGCCCGUCUCACGAGUUCGACCGGAGGCUGAAGCCGGAGGACAACGAGAACAGCAGUAACAACGGCAGCAAGAAAGGAGCAGCGCAGGCGGAGGAGGACCGCCUAUCCGAGGCGGCCAAGAGGAGCCGGGCGACGAGCGUGGUGACGGAUAAUGACAAUGACGAGGAGGAGGAGCCCAGCCUGGUGGAGGAGAAGAAGGUCACCUGGUGCCACCGGAUGAGGACGACGAGGGACCACGCCGAGAUCCCGGAGCUCAUGGAGAUCCUGGGCCUGACCGGGCACGGGAAGCCCAGCAAGGAUCAGAAGAGGUGGUCCAAGGCGCUGGAGUCGAGGAAGGGCACGGGGCUGAGCAUGGCCAAACGGAUGAGCCGGAUGAGCCAGAGCCAGCACAAGGUCGACGAUGGGAUCUGA